GACUCUUGCCUUAGUUGGAUUUGAAAAUAACGAAGCACCACUCCUUGGAUUCAGCUCGGUGAUCGAUCCCUUUCAUUCUCCGCCGUCGACAAAUCCGAUUUACCAGAGAUUUCUCCGGCCGUCAUAGAAUGGGGCCGGGCUUCAUCGCCGGCGUCCUUGGAGUCUUGAUCCUCUCCCACGCGGCCUACUCUACCAUCCAGUAUAGAUCUCUGCUGAAAAUAACGGAGGAGGAGUUCUCCGGGCCACCAAUCAACGUAGUUGUUGAAUUGCUUUUAGGGCUGGUUUUCUGUAUCUGGGCAGCACUGACUGUUCCAGGGCAAUUUCGCUCGAUCCUCCCCCAUUCAGAGGAGAACAGGGUGGUCUCUUUACCUGCAAAUCUGGAUUUCAUGAUCUUCAACCAUCGUGGGAAGGCAUUUCCUUUAGAUGUUGACCUGAAGUUGAAGUGAAAAAAAGAAAAAGAAUGGACUAGAAGCAUUCAUAGUUAAUCAGAUUUUUGAGUAUGUUAUUGUAGCAGUUGCAAUUCACAUGGAGCUAACUAGAAAAGUGCUUGUGCGUUUGAAUGGACACGUGGUGCGAAAAGGAAAAUUGGACCUUCACAUGGUCAUUAUUUGGGACAUGAAAAAAUUACUAGAAUUUUAGUGAAUGUGAUUUCAGUUAUGUUAUCAAGUUUCAACAUUUACAACAGGCUUGGUUAUAAAGCAAGAGUGUUGAACAUAUGAAGUUUUUUUGUGGUAAGGUAACUUAGCAAGUUGUCUCGCUGUUGGGGAUAUUAUUUCCACUUCUUUUGGAUUAGAAUUCCUUACGUCGGCUAUUGGCUUUGCCCUAGUACCAAAAUCUCUAUCUUCUCAUCAGUUAUUGGAACCUCGGAUUCAUUGAUAAGGUGAUACCACCUAAUGUUUUUUUAUAACAUAUCUUGCUUCCAUUGCUAA